CGGCGGCGCACACCGCGGUGGCGUUGAUUCGCGCCAGCUCACGAGGAAAGAGAAAAAUGCUAUAGCAAAUAUGCAACGCUAGCUAGGCUAGGGGUUCUGCUUUUUCCAUUCGCGCCGGAGUUUCACGCCAUCAUUGUCGGUCCGUCCGUUGAGUAGCGCGCCACGCGGAGUUCGUCCUGGAACUCGGUUGAACUGGUGUCCGAAAAAGUUGAAAAACCGUUGGGAGACAUUUUUUUACGUUGAUAGUGAAACGCUGUGAGUGUUUUUAAAGCUGUUACAUCAUAGUCAACAAGCCCAAAAUUGCAAUACUUUUUUGCUUCAAGCAAAAUCCUCAUACUAAUAGUGUCAACACAAACAGUUUUUAAGUGCAAUAAUCAACAAGACUUGGACCCCAGUGUACACAAGCAGUCAUUCAUCGUUAUUCGCAGUAGGGUGGGUCAUCUGUUACGCCGAAGAAUACCGUUGGGAAAGCAUAAGAACAAAUAUUGACCCGUCGUCAACUUUCGGAACCAGUGUUGUCUUACGCCAAAAGAAGCAAACGGAUUUCGGUGUGGUGUGGCGUGGUGCACUUCUUUCAGCUUUCCGGCAGAUAAUAUAGUACCUAUAGUAAAUAGGAAAUGUCCGGCCGAGAGUGAAACUGAGUCUGGCUAUUUGGAUUUUAGUGACGGUCAAAACCUUGGGUGAAGAAUAGUGAGUGUGUUUAAAGCCUAUCAUGUGCUAGAGUGAGUUUACAAAGUGGUCAACGGACAGACAGCUGGAAAAGACCCAGUGGUAGUAGCGAAGAACGUGGAACGUCGAAUAAAAAAUAGAGAACAGAAAACAGAUAAUCACAUCCAAAAUGCCAAAUGACACGGACAGCAUACCCUUCUACGACGUGUUCGGCUACUACGAAUGGACCCUCACCCUGGCAGACCCCCGAACAAAAGGAUGGCUCCUAGUGGAUUCCCCUGUGCCAACGCUCCUAUGCGUCUGCGGUUACCUUUUCGUCGUUUGGGCUGGCCCCAAAAUGAUGCGAGAUCGAAAACCAUUCGAUCUGACCCCAGUACUGAUUCCCUACAACCUAGUGAUGGCCCUGCUCAACUUGUACAUUUGCGUUCAGCUGUUUGUCGGUUCGACGCAGCUGGGAUAUAGCUACAUCUGCGAACCGUGCAAGCAGAGCUUCAGCAGUCCAGAGAUGAGGAUUGUCGGAGCCGUGUGGUGGUACUACUUCUCCAAGGUGCUGGAAUUCACCGAUACGUUUUUCUUCAUCUUGCGCAAAAAGGAUAACCAGCUGACGUUCCUGCACGUGUACCACCACAGUACCAUGUUUUCGUUCUGGUGGAUCGGUGUCAAGUGGGUUCCCAGUGGAAGUACUUUCCUUCCUGCCAUGGUCAACUCAUUCAUCCACGUGCUGAUGUACACGUACUACGGACUAUCGGCGGUGGGUCCUCAUAUGAACAAGUAUCUCUGGUGGAAGAAAUACCUCACCAUUCUGCAACUGAUCCAAUUCACCUGCGCUCUGAUACUGGGCAUCAACGGCAUACUGGUGGGCUGUGAGUUCCCCCUCUGGAUGCACUACACUCUGAUUGGAUACAUGAUCUCGUUCAUCGUGCUCUUCGGCAACUUUUACGCCCAGGCCUAUCUGAAGGGGCAAACCAUCAAGGAGUUCGAAAUUAAUGCCAACUGUUUGGAUCUACGAUCGAAGAACAAGGCAGAGUAGGUUUAGGUGAUGGUGUCUGUGCACGUGUAUGAUAAGUGUUCAAAUGGGGUUAAACGCCAAAUAGCUGAUAGAACUAGGCAGUUAGUAAAUGCUGAUAAUUUCGGAGCGGUUUUACUUGGAAGAGUCAACCUGUGUGUAAAGUUAUUAGUACAAGCAAGCAAUAAGUUUUAAAAAUCAAUCAAUUGUUACUAUUUUUAGAAUUUUUAACAAAAACUUACAGCGUGGAAAUAAAUGAAAGACAUAAUAUAA